CCCACUCUUCGAUUUCAUUUCAUCUCAUCUUCUUCCUCAAAUUUCCCAACUUAGUUGCAGAAACCCUCCCAUGGCUUCUCAACCCACAAAACCCAUCUUCUUCCUCCUCGUUAUCUUCCUCUUCUCUCCAUCUUCUUCAUUUGCAGGUCUCACAGAUUUCAUGUAUAAAGGUUGUGCUAACCAAAAAUUCCAAGACCCAUCUGGAAUCUCAUCGCAAAACCUCAAAUCCCUUUACACCACCCUCAUAUCUCAAUCCUCCACCACCAAUUUCUACAAAACCACCGUCGGCGGAAAUGACUCAUCAUCAACAACCGCCAUCACCGGCCUUUACCAGUGCCGUGGAGACUUAUCCAACACCGACUGCAACACCUGCGUGAAUAAAAUCCCAGAAACCAUCGGGAAACUCUGCGGCGGCGAUACAAUCGCCGCCCGUGUCCAGCUCGACGGAUGUUAUUUGAGAUACGAAGUUGUCGGAUUCCCACCGGCGACGGCGACGGACGUGCUGUUUAAACAGUGCGGGUCGAAUCGGGCGAGCGGGUCUGGGUUCGAUGACCGGUUGGAAUCGGCGUUGUCGCAAAUCGAGAAAGGGGUUGUUACCGGAAAAGGGUAUUACGCUGGCGAGUAUCAGUCGGUGUACGUUUUGGGACAGUGUGAAGGCGAUUUAGGAAAUGGGGAGUGUGUGAACUGUGUGAAAACUGCGGCGGAGAACGGCCGGAGUUCGUGUGGAAGUUCAAUUUCCGGCCGCAUUUAUCUUCAGCAAUGUUACAUCAGCUAUACAUAUUACCCAAACGGCGUUCCCGGCUCAGGGACGGGAGGUGGUGGUGGUGGGAUAGCGACAGGGGCGACGGAGACAGGCGGUGGUGGGCGGCGGCAUGAUACGCAGAAGCUGGUGGCGAUUGUGAUCGGAGGGUUGGCCGGAUUAUUUCUGGGAAUAGCCUUUUUAAUGGUUUUGAGAUCAGCUUUCAAGAAGAAGAAAGAAAAGUACUCCUAUGGAGGUUACUGAAAAAGGACAAGAUAAUGGUGAAUUAUUAUUGGAGCUCUCGUAGUGGAGGUUGUAAAGACAAAACACACUUGGUUUUACUUU